AGACAUUGAUUAUCAGAGCACAAUCAGACGGCGGAAAUUAGUCUAAAGUUCAUUGUGGUGGAAAUGUAAGGGAGUGAAGAGGCAGCAGAGGUUAGAGACGAGAGGAACAGGAGCAGGACGUACGGAGGCAGCGAAGGCAGAAAAGGAGACUGAAAACAGGACGGUUCCAUCAAACAGAGCAGAGAUGGAUAUUCUUGAGACACACGCCUACGACAGGCGGCAGAAGAGAAAUGUGUCCUGUGCUCUUCUUUUCUCUCUCUUGCCUUUCUUUUUGUCCUCGGCUUUAUAUUUCUACCUUCUGACUCCUGACUCGGCUCCAUCAGUCAUGUCUGCAGGUGUCAAAUGUGCCCCAACUCUCCUGCUGGCUGCAGUGGUGCUGAGUUGGAACGGAGGUCAGAGUGCGUUAGGUGUGGCAGGAGGACUUGUCUUUUCUGCCGUCGGUGACUGCUGCUUGGUGUGGCCUGAGCUGUUCAUUCAUGGAAUGGGAGCAUUUGCUGUGGCUCAUCUGCUCUACUCGCUCACUUUCCUAUCUGGCCGUUACACAACAUACUCCUCGUCCUCCUGGACCCGUUUUCUGUAUCUGCUCCUGGUAAUGACAGGAGGAGUUUUCUACAUCUAUCUGUUUCCAUUCCUGCGGAGGGCACCAGACUCCGACCUCCUGACGCCUGGCGUGGGGAUCUACGUCGUCCUGAUCACCGUCAUGGGUGUCCUAGCGAUCAGAACCCGCCGUAUGGUGACGUUGCUGGGAAGUUUGACCUUCGUAGUGUCCGACGUGUGCCUCGCUCUGCAGGUCUUUAAAGUGUUGCCACCAAUGCAGCAUGGUCAGCUUGUCGUUAUGGUGACGUAUUAUUUGGCACAGCUACUGAUUGCUGUGGGCGAUAUAAAAGCAGUGGAGAAUAAAGACGACUUUUCAAAAUGGAAGCGGUCCUAACAAGGAUCCCUGCGGGACUUCAGCGGUGCCUUAGCUGUUUUUGUAAACUACCUUCUACCAAAGCAAUAUUGAUCUAGUCAUGUCUAAGUUUAGUUUUACAAAUGGAAAAGAUGAAAAAAGUAAACCCAGGAGCUUCCAAUUUGUAUUUUUUAAUUCUCAUUUAAAAAUACUACGCAUCUUUACAGACAUAACUAAAACAUUCAGCAUAUAUCAGUGUGUAAUGGUUAUAUUUUAUGAUUUAUAGUUACAUGUUUUUGUAAAACAUUAAUGUGUAACUCAUACAUGUAGUGGCAUGCUUUGAACAAGCCAUUGAAAGAAUUUCUUUUGUUUACAGUAAAUAAUUGUAUUUAUAACUGGAUUUUUGUGAAUUUAUGUCUUUUUUCUUAACUUUACAACAAUUAAAAUUCAGAUAUGUACAUAUCUAAACUGAUAUUUGGACGUAUUUUAACAUCAAAACUAGCUGUUACAAAGAUAUAAUAAAUAUCUUUAAGAGACAAAUUAAAAACAGCUGACUUGAAAAAUAACUUUAUACAGCAGUUAUUUACUCAGUAAAAUCCUGCGCCUGGAUUACAUGCAAAAUAUAAACAGCAACUGUCAAAAAUGGACAUAAACAUCACUCUGCAUCCACAAUUUAACUCAUCAACGUUCUGUUGCAUUUUUUUGUACAUAUGCAAAAAAAUACAUAAGUUAAAAAAACAAA